UGCUUAAAGUUUGACUGUCGUUCAAACAGGGAAAACACAGAAAAAUUGCAACUUCCUCUAAUUACAAGCACUAACAGCUUAGCCUAUUGCCACACCACUUUGAAGCCAACCACCUCAUUGUCCUUAACGAUUGCCUUUCUAUCUACGUCGUCGUUGUGGUUGCCAUUCACCGCUUUGAAGCUAUCGACGUUACCGUUUCGAUUGAACCGGAAGCAUGGAUCCCUAAAUAGCUGCCUGCGCUGCCUCGUUCCCUUCUUAGAAAAUCAUACUCUUUUAGGGUUUCCCGAUCUUCAUAGGCCAAAAGAAUUAGCCGAUUCAAGGAAUUCAAUUUGGUAAAGAUUCAACAAUUUUCCCAAUUCAAAUCCCAUAAAUUGAGAUUUUGAAAGUCUUUGACAUUGAUCCUGAUGCUGCAAAGACAGCAAUAGAAUCUCUGGAUUUGGCAUUUCACAUGUCAAACAUUCUGGACACAGGACUUGACCGUCACGUGCUGUCAGUGCUGAUUGCCUUGUGUGACUUGGGUUUAAAUGUAACACCCCUAUUUGCAUAGCCUGUUAUAUUUUACUAUUCUGGUGACUGAAGUUGGUUUGGACAAUUAAGAGGAUUAGAAUCACACUUAAGACAACUAAAUAAGUCCUGAACACAAAUAAUUAGUAAUUGACAAUUAGUUAAGUAUAAAUAAGAAAAACAUAAUAUAAGAAGUUAAAUGAGCCGAGAGUCACAGCGAUGGGUGUCCUUCUCGAGAAGGAUUACGAAGUCGAUUUAAACUCAAAUUUUGAACCGUAAAAUGUGACGCCACGGUUCUUAGGACUGUUGCGAACACAGUGGAAAAGAGAAAAUCACAAAAAGGAAUUGUUAAGUUAGUCAAAUAAUUAGGUCAGUGAUUUUCGGAAGAAAUAUUGAAUUAUUUGCAAACCGGGUCGAACCGGUGAUGGGCAAUUUGGUCAAUUGACCUCGAGAGCUGACACCUGAUCUAACUGUCAAAUAAAAUCGGAGACAAUAAAAUUUCGAAAUCGGGAAUUAAAUUAAAGAACUAAAAAAAAAUAAAUAAAAAAAAAAGGAAAAGUAAAAAGUGAUGACAUCAUGCAUGACCUCAUGCAUGAUGCAAUAAUUAUUAUAAUUAAAAUUUAUUUAAUUAAAAUUUGUGGUCUUCCUAAAGACAUAAAAGAAAAGAAAGAAAAAAAAAAAAUCAAAAGUCUUCUUAAUUGCCGUCCCUCUCACUCUCACCCUCUCCCUCUCAAAACCUCCAUUAGAGCUCUUUUGUGAGCUUGAAGAAACUAAAUUUCAGCCAUAGAAAUUGCAAGUUCCAUAAUUAAAGUUUAUUUGGGCAACUGGAAAACAAGAGUUAAGGAGAAAGAAAGAAGAAAGGAAGGAGUUGAAGAGGAAGAAAAUUCUGCAAUUCAAGGAAGUAGAAAUUUUUGAGAAACGAAAUGGAAGAAAGAGAUCAUUCCGUGGAACAAUCUGUUGAGGCUGAGAUUCAAGGGGAAGCCCCAGCACUCCAGAACGUGAGUGGGUCAGCCACUCCAGCUCCUACUCCAGCACCGCAGUUUCCUGCUCAGUUUGUGCAGCAGAUGGCUGCGUUUUUCCAACAAAUGGCGAGAAAUGUGCCACCCCAAGCUCAGAUGCAAGCACCUGUAGCACAACCCGAGCUCUUGGCUCGGCAAUAUGAAAAAUUAAUGAAAUUUGGGGCCACCGAGUUUAAGGGCACUGUGGAUCCACUGGAGGCAGAACAGUGGUUAGAGCAAAUGGAACGGGUUUUCAGAAAGCUGCAGUGUGCAGAAGAACUGAAGUUCGAGUACUCUGUUUCUUUGUUGCAAGGGGAUGCAUAUGAAUGGUGGAAGACCAUUCCCCACAGCUUGGUUGAGCCACCUGUGUUGACCUGGUCAGACUUUUUGAGGGAGUUUCGACAGAAGUGGGUUCCCGAUGCUUAUGUAGAUAUGAAGUUACAGGAAUUCCUAAGUUUGAAACAAGGGGAUAGAACAAUAGCAGAGUAUGAACGGGACUUUUCAAGGCUAAGCCACUAUGCUGGAAGCUUAGUCUCCACCCCCAGAGACAGAUGUAAAAGGUUUGAGUCCGGGUUAAGGUCGAAUCUGAGGAUGCAAGUUGUGGGAUUCAAACACCAGAAUUUUUCUGAGCUGAUUUCACAAGCCCUGGAACUGGAAAGGAUAGAAUCAGAAGGGGCAGUGAAGAAGGGUACACAAGAGAAAGAGAAAACUGAAAAGACUACUGAUCAAACACCUGAAAGUGGUUCAGGGAAGAGGAAACAGUCUGGGGGAUAUAGCUCUUGCAGAUCUGGCAGAGGUAGAUUCUCUGGCCAAAGACCGCUCCGGUUUGGUCAGCAGACCCGACAAGCUUCUCAAGGAUCUUUAUCAGUCCGGCAGUGUGAAACCUGUGGUAGAACACACGGUGGGGUGUGUUUCAAGGCCAUAGUUGCAUGUUAUAACUGUGGAGGGAGCGGACAUUUUGCUAAGAAUUGUACUAGUCCGCGCCGAUCUGGACCUUCUGCUACAUCUGAAGGAUCAGCCCAAGUUUCUACACCUAGAGGGUCACAGCCAGUUGGUAGAGGUAGAGGCAGAGGUAGGGGUCCUGGUAACACUUCUGGAAGUCAAAGCACUAUUAACCAGCCAGUACCCAGUGGCGCACCAGUCAGAGUGUAUACCAUGCGUCAAAGGGAGGAGGCUGAAACAUCAGACGUAGUAGCUGCAGGAGAUGAUCCCAAAGUUCAUCCUGAUCCACAUGGGGGUCCUGAUGCAGACCAACUUAGGAGGUUUUCACUGGAGGAAUUGCAACUGGCAACAGAUUAUUUCAGCAAUGAAAACUUUCUGGCUAGAGGUGGAUUUGGCAAGGUUUACAGGGGGCGUUUGGAAGAUGGUUCACUUGUUGCAGUAAAAAGACUGGAAAAUGAACCUACACCUGGUGGGGCACUUCAGUUUCAAACAACAACAGAGAUCAACAUGGCUGUGCAUCGAAAUAUCCUUAGGCUACGUGGGUUUUGUAUGACAGCUUCUGAAAGGCUACUUGUUUACCCCUGCAUGACUAAUGGGAGUGUUGCCUCACACUUAAGAGAGCGACCUCUAUCACAGCCUGCACUCAAUUGGCCUACAAGAAAGCGAAUUGCAUUAGGCUCUGCGAGGGGCCUUUCUUAUUUGCAUGAUCACUGUAAUCCAAAAAUUAUUCACCGCGAUGUGAAAGCUGCAAAUAUUUUUUUGGAUGAGGAGUUUGAAGCUGUUAUUGGGGACUUUGGGCUGGCAAUAUUGAUGGACUACAAUGCUAGUCACAUUACCACUGAUGUAUGUGGCACAGUAGGGCAUAUAGCUCCAGAAUACCUCAAUACUGGGAUCUGUUCAGAGAAAACGGAUGUUUAUGGGUAUGGAAUUAUGCUUCUGGAGCUAAUUAGUGGACAAAGGGCUUUUGACCUUGCUUGGGUUGCAGCUGAAAAUGAUCUUUUUUUGCUUGACUGGGUAAAAGUUCUCCUGAGAGAGAACAGGUUAAAGGAGAUGGCUGAUCCCGAUCUCCAUGGCAAUUACAUAGAAGCUGAGAUGAAGCAGCUAAUCCAGAUUGCAUUGCUUUGCACACGGUGGUCACCAUUGUACCGGCCGAAGAUGUCAGAAGUGAUUAGAUUGCUUGGAGGUUAUGGGUUGGAAGAGAGGUGGGAUGAAUGGCAGGGGAUGGAGACACCUGACCAGGAGUUGAGACUGGCCCUUCAACCUUAUUACUUUAAUUUUGAUUCAACAGAGCAUCUGCCUCCAAUUGAGUUAUCUGGUCCAAGAUGAUUAUUCCUUUUCAAUACCCUUUCUACCGAUCAAGAACUGACCCCAGUCUCCUUCAUGAUUGAUCAAACUAGCUACACUAUGCUCUUCUUAAAUAAUGGCAUGCAUCAGGAAAGCAAAGCAUAUAUUUAAAUAUACAACUUUUCAGGUCCUUUUGCCCCCUCUGUUUCUUAUGAAUAAUAUCAUCAACUCGGAAAAUGGCAAUUUGUGGAAUCAAGUAAAUCGAUGUUCCUUGAUUUGCAUUA